AUGGACGACGUCCUGCCUCCACGAGAGUACCCUCCGGUCCAGCCGAGUGAAUAUCCUCAAAUUCCAACUCGAACGCCACUAGCUACUUUUGAGAAAGUGCAUGCUUCCUGCGUGAGUGGUGAUAUCCUAAAAUUUCGAGAGAUUCUGGACUCGCAAAGUUCGUCAGAGGAGGACUUUGAUAUCUGCGACUUCCAUGCGAUAAUGAUCGAAGUCAUCAAGCUAGGUGAUUCGCAGUUCAUCAAUGAGCUCCUUGAUCGCGGCUUGCCCAUGGAUCCACUCUAUGCAUCGGCAGCCAUGCAAGUCAAUGGGACGGAUGCUCUGGCGGUUUUCCUUCAAAACAGAUGGAAUAUCAAUCAGCCCAUGAGCGAGCUGAAACCGCCCGUACUCGGCUAUGUUAUUGCCGAUGAGGAAAUGACAGCUUGGCUCCUUGACCAUGGAGCUGAUCCCAAUCGACAAUGUGUUAUUGAUCUCACCCCACUUUCCCUUGCUGUCGAGAGCGCCCCGAUAUCAAUCAUCCAGCUCAUGCUCAGUCGUGGCGGCGAUGCUCGAAAAAGGCAACUCCUCCACCACGCAAUGGAACGGCAUGGGCAUUCAUAUAACACUAUUGCGGUCUUGAAACUCCUCAUCAAAAACGGGGCAGAUAUCAAUUCAACUAUGUACGAGGACCAUUAUCCUUCUCGGGCGCUAUUCCCCUUCAUGGCUCUUGGAACGGCACUGCACAAAGCCGCUGAACUCGGCAAGGUGGAUGUAGUUCACUAUUUGGUCAGCGAGGGAGCCAACUUGAGUAUUAAAGAUGCACAUGGUCGCACAGCCUUGGAGUAUGUGCAGACGUUAAAUCAGUGGGAGGUCGUUCAGGCGUUCGAGAAAGGAAAUUAG